CAACUUGAAUAUCAGUAACAUUCAGUGUUUUAUAGUGACUGCACCCAAGGGACCCAGGAAAGAUGCCUUUAACCGCUAAAGAGAGGGGAGACAUUGCCACUAUCUGGGCAAAAGUUGCUGGCCAUACUGAUGAACUUGGAGCUGAGGUCUUGGACAGACUUUUCAAGAGUUCCCCUGCCACCAAGACAUACUUCAGCAAGUUUAACCUGGACCCUGGUUCUGCUGAUAUGAAGCGUCAGGGAGGCAAGAUCCUUAAUGCUAUUGGUGCAGCCAGCCAGCAUCUGGAUAACUUGGCCUCAGCUCUCAGCCAGCUUAGUGACCUGCAUGCAUUCAUACUGAGAGUGGAUCCAGGAAACUUUCCUCUUCUCUGUCACAACAUCCUGGUUGUCCUGGCCGUUCAUUUCCCAAAGGAUUUCACUCCAUCUGCCCAUUCCGCAUGGGAUAAGUUCCUUUGUUCCGUCUCUGUCACUCUGUGCUCCAAGUACAGAUGAACAAGAAGAUGAAUAUCAGUCAAGAAACCUUGAUUACAAAUCGGCAGAAUUCUACUGAUGUUACAAUAAAAAUCUGAAUUACCAUUAAACCUUAA